UCAGGAUGACUCUUCAUCAGACAGUGAGGAUGACAAAAAGAAAAAGAAGAAGAAAAAAAAGAUGAAGAAGAAAAAAGAUUCAGAUGACGAUUCAGAUUGCGAGAAAGAAAAGAAGAAAAAGAAGAUGAAGAAGAAAAAGGAUUCAGAUGACGAUUCAGAUAGCGAGAAAGAAAAGAAGAAAAAGAAGAAGAAAAAGAUGAAGAAAAAAAAGGAUUCCAGCUCAUCUGACAGUGAAAAAGACAAGAAGAAGAAGAAGAAGAAGAAGAAGAAAAAGAAGGAUAAGAUGAAAAAAAAGAAGAGAAGCAAGAAGAAGAAAAAGGAUUCCAGCUCAUCUGACAGUGAAGAUGAGAAGAAGAAGAAGAAGAAGAAAAAGAAGAAGGCAUCAUCUGAUAGCGAGGAGGACAAGAACAAGAAACAUAAGAAAAAGAACAAGGAUAAAAAGAAGAAGGAUAAGAAGAAGAAGAAGGACAAGAAGAAGGAAAAGGAUUCCUCAUCGUCAAGCAGUGAGGAUGAUAAGAAAAAGAAAAAGGAUGACUCCUCCUCAGGAAGUGAUGAGGUCAAAAAGAACAAGAAACAUUCUAGUGGCUCAGAUGGAGAAACAGAGAUGAAGAAGACGAAAAAGGACUUCCCUGAUAAGGAUGGAGAGGUGAAGAAAGACUGUGACUUGCCAGGCGGUCCUGUUAGCAGCUAUUGUGCGUUUGGCAAAUCCAGUGAUCGGCCUGAAGUUACCCCCGUGAAGCCCAAACCCACUCUGGACCCACUGCCGAUGCCCAAAUCCAACUCCCGUUAUGAGUCACUGAUGAGCUCCUCUUCCUCCCUCAAUCCCAAAGACGGCAGCCCCUCCACCAGGCCCCGCAGCCCCAUGGAGUCACUAAUGGGAAAUCCCCCCAGGGUCAGAGGAGCUGGGGGCGUGGCUGGGAGGAGCACAGUGCUCUCGUCCAGCGACCUGCUCAGGGGCCCUAAGCCCUAUCAGCCUUAACACAAACAGAUACAUCUAUACAGAGGUAUUAGCAUGUAUUGAGGUAUCGAGGUGAAAAGAGAUGGCAUUCCUGGAACAUAUGGUUUAGGUUGUUUGUUAAAUGUGGUGUUCAUUUGUUGACCUGAAAUCAAAUCAGAAUGUGUUAAAGUUUGGCCUAGAAAUUGAAAGAGAUUGGUUUGAUGACUGUAAAGUAAUUAUAACUAAAUAUAAUUACCUGAAAUAUAUUGCUGUAAAACCUGGUUAAUCCAAUGUAUAGAUGUCAUUGCAUACUGGUACAACAUUUAUGGUUGAAGACCCUUAAUGUCUGGGCAGGAUCCGUUGGAUUGUGUACUGUAACUAAAGGGAAUGUGACCUCGUUAUGCAAGAUAAUCAACAAUGUGUCAGAGUUAAAAUGUUUGGCUAAAUUAAAGAAUUAAACAAGAAA